GGCGGAACCAGAAGCGAAGCGUUUUCCUCGCCUCGCUCCGAAAUACCCGACAGCCGAAGUCACGAUAAACCGUGAGGGCUGACGGACGUGGCGCGGCAGAGAAUACCGGAGGGUAAGGCAACCAAGAGCGCUGCCCUCGUCCCCCAGCGACGGGGAUCUCGCCCUUGCACGGCUCCACGCUUUGGGGCGGCCGAGGUGUCCGGUAGCCUCGGGAACUAUGAUGGAAAAGCAUUUAAGUCGUGCUGUGACACGUAUUAGGGCGUCCCCCGCCGCCCUGCUGGGAGCCCCGCCCGUCCCCAUGCCGGACCCUGCCACGCUGCUGUAGCCGAGACCUUCCCUGCGCGUUCGGAUUACUUACAUAAAAAUGCAUAUAAUUAUGACUGAACACCAGAGGCGUGCUGUAGCAGAUAUGGACUUCAUGUCAUGUUGGCCUCCUGUAUAAAAGAAGGAAGGCUGGCAGUUUUAAAGGGACAGCAAGAAAGUGAUGACCAAGUGCCAAGUACCAGCUGUCCUUAUUCACCAGAUUGAAGAAGAAUUGGAUAAAGAAGAAGAUGAGAUGAUGGUUUUCCUGUGCCGAGACCUUGCUCCUGACUUGGCUACUGCUGGCCUUAAAGAGCUUUUGGUGGCUUUGAAUGAAAGGGAUAAACUGUCUCUUCUUGGUUUGUGUGAGCUGUUGUACAGAGUUAAGAGGUUUGAUUUGCUGAAGAGGAUCUUGAAGAUGGAUAAAAAAACAGUGGAAGCUAACCUUACCAGGAAUCCCAGGCUUGUCCCUGAUUACAGGGUACUAAUGGUAGAGAUUAAUGAGAAUCUGGAAAAAGAAGAAGUGAGUUCUCUUGUUUUUCUACUCAGAGAUUUUGCCCCUCGAAUGAAAAUGGCAAAAGAUAAGAGUUUUCUACGUCUAAUUAUUGAACUGGAGAAACUAAAUUUGGUGGCUCCAAAUCAACUGGAUUUGAUAGAAAACUGUUUCCGAAAUAUUCACAGGAUAGACCUGAUUAAGAAGAUUGAGAAGUAUAAGCAAGAAGCUUACAUAUCCUCCAUUCGUUCUCAGCCUGUGUAUGUCAAUGCCCUUCAGGCAUCUCUCCCUAAUCUCAGUCUGAUUGAUCCUCCUUAUAAUUUGGGGUUUCAGAAUGUGAACAAAGAAAAGUCACAAAAUGGAGAAAUCUUCUUUCAAGAAGAACCAGUCCACAUGUCCAUUCAAGAAUCAGGACCAGCAUCACAUAAGGUGUACAGAAUGCAAAGUCAGCCUUUAGGAGUAUGCCUGAUUAUAGACUGUAUUGGUAAUGACACUGAUGUGUUGGAAGAGACCUUCAGAGGCUUAGGCUAUGAUGUUCAUUGUCACAAACACUUAAAUUUGACCACCAUGAAUGAAACAUUGCUUCAAGCUGCAAGGUUACAGAAGCACAGGACUUGUGACAGCUUCAUUUGCAUAUUAGUCAGCCGUGGAAAUGCUCAGAGCAUCUUCUGUACGGACCCCUCCUCUACUGGAUUCCCUUUGGAGCAAAUAAAGAAAUACUUUAUGGCAGAUUCAUGUCCUGAACUCCGAGGAAAACCAAAGCUCUUCUUUAUUCAGAGCUACAUUGUGCCAGAAGAUGAGCAAGAAUGUACCAGUCUGGAAAUUGAUGGAAACGACAAGAAAAUAAUCUCUAAUACAAAAAUGCCCUUGAAAGACACUAUUCCCCAAGUAGCAGAUGUCUUUUGGAGUCAGUGCAAGGUGGAUGCUUCUACACUAGAAAAAUCUCCAAGACCAUCCUCAUAUUAUCUACGUUGUCUGGCUGAGCUGCUCCGCAAUCCUCAUAAAAGGAAACUCUCUAUAUUAGAUAUCCAUACGGAACUGAACAGAAGAGUCUAUGAGUGGAAUAAGACAACUGACCCAAGUCAGCAAUACUCACUUCUGCUCCAGCACACACUGAGGAAAGCACUUUUUCUCUCUCCCAGUUAACUGCUAUUGGAAAGGACGUGUCUAAA